CCAGCCGGUGAAAGUCCUCUUGUUGAAGAGAGAAGGAGUAGUGGUCCUCAUAUAGAGGGGCAAGAGGGUGCGGCUGUCCAGACAUUUUCUGUCCUGCCGACUAAGAUCAUGUCUCCAAAGUUAAUAUUUCUUCUAGGAUGCUUAACUUUAUUUACCGUUUCCGUAAGAGCACAAGAUGAUGAUUCUUCAGAUGGACUCGAUCCCAAUGCAGAAGAACUUUGUGAAAAUCGUCCUGGUGAUGAAUACUUUCGGCUUAGUACAGAUGGCGAUUGUCGGGAUGUCGUAAGGUGCGAUAAAGCUAGUGAAAUUGGGGUAACUCGAUUAGCAUCAGUUAAAUGUCCAACGGGUUUAGCUUUUGACAUCGAACGUCAGACAUGUGACUGGAAAACAAAUGUCAAGAAUUGUGAUCAACUUGAGAAGCCACGUAAAAUACUUCCAAUUCUAAAAACCGAUGAGCCUGUUUGUCCUGAAGGAAAACUUUCCUGUGGUAACGGCGAGUGCGUAGAUAAGGAACUUUUCUGCAACGGCAAACCUGAUUGUAAAGAUGAGUCCGACGAAAAUGCAUGCACGGUUGAAACAGAUCCCAACCGUGCUCCGGACUGUGAUACAACUCAAUGUGUACUUCCUGACUGUUAUUGUUCCGCUGAUGGUACUCGAAUCCCCGGAAACAUUGAAGUUUCACAAGUUCCACAAAUGAUAACUAUUACCUUCAACGGUGCUGUUAAUAUUGACAAUAUUGACCUUUAUGAAGAAAUUUUCAACGGACAACGUCAUAAUCCAAAUGGCUGUACUAUACGCGGAACAUUCUUUGUUUCACAUAAAUACACAAAUUACUCAGCUGUCCAAGACUUACAUAGAAAAGGUAAUGAGAUAUCUAUUUUCUCAUUGACGCACAAAGACGAUCCACAGUAUUGGACUCACGGAAGUUACGAUGAUUGGCUCGCUGAAAUGGCCGGUGCUAGAUUGAUUAUUGAACGUUUUGCAAACAUAACAGAUGGUUCAAUUAUUGGUGUUCGUGCUCCUUAUCUUAGAGUUGGUGGUAACAAACAAUUUGAAAUGAUGGCAGAUCAAUUUUUCGUGUAUGAUGCCUCAAUUACUGCUUCACUUGGACGUGUUCCAAUCUGGCCUUACACUCUUUACUUCAGAAUGCCACAUAAAUGUAAUGGUAAUGGUGGUAAUUGUCCAUCAAGAUCUCAUCCAGUUUGGGAAAUGGUUAUGAACGAACUUGAUCGUCGUGAUGACCCAACAUUCGAUGAAUCGCUUCCUGGUUGUCAUAUGGUUGAUUCAUGUUCUAACGUUCAGGCUGGUGAUCAAUUCGGAAGACUACUCAGACAUAAUUUCAACAGACAUUACAAUUCUAAUCGUGCACCUCUUGGUCUUCAUUUCCAUGCAUCUUGGCUUAAAAGUAAAAAAGAAUUCAAAGAUGAACUUAUUAAAUUUAUUGAAGAAAUGCUAACGAAAAAUGAUGUAUACUUUGUUACUAUGGUUCAGGUUAUCAAGUGGAUGCAAACUCCAACUGAAGUAACAGCAAUAAAAGACUUCCAAGACUGGAAAGAAACUUGUGAUGAAAAAGGACAACCGUACUGUUCUUUACCAAAUGCAUGUCCUUUGACUACACGAGAACUUCCGGGUGAAACUCUACGUCUCUUUACAUGCAUGGAGUGUCCUAAUAAUUAUCCUUGGCUUCUUGAUCCUACUGGUGAUGGAUUUAAUGCUAAUUAAAAAAAUAAAUUUAGGUAAAGAUAUUAUAAUUGAUACUAAUUGGUCACCAGACGAUAAGUCUUAAAAAUGUGAUGAGACUUUGAUGAAAUCUUUGUCCUCAAGACUACCUUGUAAAUAAUAUCCACCGAAUAAAAUCCACAUCAUUUCUUUUAUUGUCUUACAUAGGAAUAUAAUGUGCAGUAAAAAUAAAAAUUCUAACGAUAAU